AUGGCGCACGCUAAGUAUUCCAAACUGAAUGUGAAUGGAGAUGGCUUGAUGACUAUUAAGUACUUGUUUACCAACAGUUUAAUAUUCAUCAUUAUAAAUGGCGCAUUUCUUUGACUAUAAGAGGUAAAGUACUAAGUAACCCUGCGCUGUGAAUCAAGAGGGUUCUUCUUCUUGCCCUCCGAGUACGAGGUAAAGAAUUCAAAGUCUUGUAUUGUUCGUUUUUUUAUGUUAUUUACUAGGUUUUUAAAGAAUGUCUCUACUCAAAGACACUCAGGCGAUUUUUCUCACACAUUUAUGUAUGUUCUGUUUUUAUAUGUCAUUUUUGUCCAAUUGUGUUUCAAACUUCCGCAACGUGUACCUGAAAACAUGCAGUUUCAUCUAUUUGCGCAUAAGCCUAGGGCAGUAAUACAGUUGCUUUGAUAAACGAACUCGUAUUUACGGUGUAUUACUGAGUAAGUUUGGAAUCCCAUUUUGGAAGUAAAACGAAAACCAUUAAUUCAUUAAACUUACUUUUGUCGAUUUCACACCGCGAAUUUUGCCUUUGCUAAUCCCGUUUCUACUCUUUCAUUUUCCUCCAACAGGUGUUUUGUAGAGAUCCUAGUUAUAGAAAUGUUUUCAAAUUACCGUAUAAUCUUCUUCUUUUUACUUUCUUCAUUGGCUUUUAUGGCAAGCAAUUUUCCUCACCACGGGACUCUCCUCUCCUCAAAACCAUUGGGAAGGAAAUCAACACUCCAAGGUGUAUUAUCUUAUGAUCGUAAAUUAUCUUUCGGGAUAAAAUGAUAAUAGCAAAUAAUAAUAACGAAAGAAACAUUACACUCGUGAGUUAAGAAUUAAUGAUGUCAGACAGAGUGUCACCUUAAUAAUUCUUUUCUGUUAUGAGCAAGAUAUCAUCAGGUGACAUGUGGCUUGGAUAUUUGAAAUUUGUAUCUUAAAUUUGGGGAGAUAUUGCUAAAAUUUAUCAACAGUUUAGAAAAAAACAUAACGUUCGACUUAAGCAAGUCAGAGUUAAUGACAAAGAGAGUCAAAUUUGAAGAAGUUUUAAACUGAAUCGCAUUAGGAAUUAACGAACAGCUUCUAUUUACUAAAAAAGAGUUUUUUAAACGAUUACAAUGCGGAGCUGGUGGUAAAUCGGCCAGGUUCUUAGCAGGGGUAUCGCAUGCUGAAUACAGUGUAAGUAUUUGAGGGAAAGCGAACACUCAUUAAAGAAAUCCAAAUUUUGCCAUUAAGGCUUAUUGAUCAUUAACCAACAGCUUAAACAGUACCUUUCAUUCUCUGUUGAACGAAGCUAUAUAGUGGUCCUAGAUUUAUAUUGUGGUGUUUUUAUGUUUUUCAAACAAUAAACGACUUUGCUCUGCUUUGACUCUUUCGAUUAAACGCACUUUUUUUAACGGACUAAAAGAAAAUAAUUUAGCUAUAAUUUUGAAGAUAUUAAGCGUCGAAUUUAAGAGAGGAAUUUUAUUCCAAAAUCGAUAAAGUCCAAAAUAGACUUUUCAGUGAUCUUUUUCUUAUUAAUAUAUUCUUUUCUCCUUCUUAGACUUCGCUGGAGAUUCUGGCUGUCCCGAUGCAAGAGAUAUAUCUUAUUGCAUGUUUGAAGUCAUCUACAACAACGCCUUUGACAUUCAUCAAACUCCGGAGAAGGAUUUUCAAUUAUAUUGUAGAGAUUACUGCUUUUCUCUUUGUUACUAGAGGUAGUUUAAUAACGAAAAUAAUCAUUUCAUUGCGAUCGAUAACUAUCCAGCUGUCCCAACAUUAG